AAAUACUCCCAAAUUGCAAACUAACAUGGCAAGAUGUUCACGACACGGCGAUGUAAAGGCGCCGUGACUCACGAGAGAGGCAAGCGGACCACUUCACCACUUACCUCGAACGUGUUGAACUAUGCGCGCUGUGUGGACUGCCUUGUUGACUUGUGCCGCGUUGGUUGGUGCCCAGACGCCUCCCGCCUCUGGGUGGGUGAACCCUCUCGUUGCCAAGGGCUCCAAGUUUUUUGACUCGGUGACCGGGUCCGAAUUCCGAGUCAAGGGCAUUGCGUUGUACCCCCGCGCGAAUACAGGCAAGAAAUUCAGCGCGAACUCGGUCGACUGGUUCACGGACGACAUGGAGUCGAUCUGGCGACCCCAAUUGGAACACCUCAAAGCGUUGGGCGUCAACACGAUUCGCAUGUAUGCCAUCGACCCCACCUUGCCGCAUGACAAGUUUAUGUGUGAGCUCAACAAGCUCGGCAUGUACGCCUUUGUCGGGAUGUCUGCAAUCUGUGAAGGGUGCUAUAUCCUGGACGAAGAAGCCCCCAAGUGCUACACGGACGCGAUGUUUACGCGUGCCAUGCAAAUUUACAACGCAUUUGCGGUGUACGACAACGUGAUUGGGUUUUCCGUCGGGAACGAAAACAAUUUAGGCAAGUUGAUCGAAAAGUCGGCGCCAUGUGUCAAAGCGCUCAUCCGCGAUGUCCGUACUUACGCCGACAAGUGCACGGGAUUCCUUCGCAACGUCCCCAUCGGUCUCGACAACGCCGACAUUGACACACCGACGCAUCCUCGUGCGAGCUGGCUCGGCUACUACGACUGCGUCAAGGACUCGAACGAAAACACCCGUGCCGAGUGGAUCGGGUUCAACCCGUACGUGGAAUGCGACCCGACGACCCAUUUGACGUACGCACAAUCGGUGGGGCUUCAGAAGCUCAUGGCGGACUACAAGAAGGCCAAUUAUCCCCGCCCGAUUGUGUUUGGCGAGUUCGGUUGCAUCGAGAUCAAUAACACAAUCGGGGGCAUCGAGCAACAGCGCACUUUCUACGACGCCAAGUGGAUGAACGAAGAGCCCGAGAUGACGGACCUCAUUGUCGGUGGCAUUGCGUUCGAGUACAGCGUCGAAAAAGACAACUUGAUCGACAAGACGGCGACGCCGCCAUUUGCCGGCAAGGACGCUGGUCGGUACGGCGUUGGGUACUUCAGCCCCGACAACUGCGACCACGACGCAAUCCCGUGCAAGUAUUCCAGGUACCCCGAGUUUGACAACCUCGCCAAGGCGUACAACUCGACCAAGCCGUCCACUGUCACGAUCAAGUCGUUCGUCCCGACCCGGAACGAAGCCAUGGCUUGCCCCGCCGACUUUCCCACCGUGGCCCUUCCCCCGCGCCCCAACGUCAAAAUUUUCGAGUGCUCUGUGUACCAACCCAAAUGCAACGGCGGGUUGUCCAACAAGCAAGCAGUCAAGCCGGACGCGUCGACUGCGGCGCCCAAGAAACCUUUUGGUCCUGCUGCGACAACUGCCGAACCAGGCUCACCGUCCACCCCUGGCGCCAACGCCGCAGCGCCAACCGCGCUCGCCCUUGCUGCCAUUGGAGCAUGUGCCGCCAUGAUCCAAGGGGCCUGAGUCGUGACGUCAUUGAAACGUCGCUUGGGUUGCCCAUGAUUUAACUAUCACAAUAAUUUUGUCACCGCGAUUGUAAACGUAAGA